AUGGACGCCAAUGAGAUCGUUUGGCUAUUGAUACGCUCUCUGAUCGGAGUAUUAAUCGGUUCUUUUAUUAUAUUAUGUUUGUACUUGCGCAAAACUUACAAUUACUGGAAAGACCGAGGUAUACUAUAUGACAAACCUAUUCCUAUUUUCGGUAAUCUAGGAUUUAUUAUGAGAAGAAGUAUCUGGGAUUAUUGUUAUGAAUUAAGAAAAAGACAUCCGAGUGAUUACGUGGGAAUAUUCCUUGCAUGGAAUCCUGUUUUAAUGGUGCAGUCGCCGGAACUUGCCAAAAAUAUACUUAUAAAGGAUUUUGAAUAUUUUCCAAAUAGAUAUUUGUACAGUGGUUAUUCGGAUCCUCUAGGAACUCUGAAUCUGUUUACGGUUAGGAAUCCACUAUGGAAAAAAUUGAGGUACGAACUCUCCCCAAUGUUUACAUCUUUACGUCUAAGGAAAAUAACUGAACUGAUGAAUAUCAAUGCAACAGAGCUAGUGAAAAAAAUAAAGCGAGACUACGUUGACAAGAACAACGUUGCUAACUUAAAGGAACUAUUUUCCAUGUACACGUCUGAUACUGUAGCUUAUAAUGUAUUUGGUAUUCGAGUCAGUAUUUUAAAUGAUAAGCCGUCGCCCUUAUGGUACAUCACACGUCACAUGGUACAAUGGACGUUCUGGCGUGGCUUAGAAUUUACUAUGAUAUUCUUCGUUCCCAUUAUGGCUGCAAUUUUACGGUUUAAAUUUUUUUCUGCUCCAGCCACAGAUUACGUUAAAAAUAUAUUUUGGGACAUCGCUAAACAUCGCAAGGAGGAUGAUACAAAAAACGAGAAUGAUUUUAUUAAUAUUUUGCUUAAGUUAAAAAAAAAAUUAAAUGAUUCCGCUGAACCCGAUUCACCGCCGGCUGAUGAUGUUAUUUUGGCGCAAGCGGCUGUUUUCAUUUUGGGAUCAAUAGAAACCUCUUCUACGACUAUUUCUUUUUUCUUGCACGAAAUAGCUCACCAUCCUGAAGUGCAGGAAAAACUUUAUAAUGAAAUCAGUGAGGCAGUAAGUCGAAAAGGGCGUGACGUUUUGGAUUACAAUGAAUUAUUGGAAUUAAAAUAUUUAGCAGCUUGUGUUAACGAAACUCUAAGAAUGCAUGCACCCGUACCGUAUUUAGAAAGAUUAUGUGCAAAGGAUUACAAAUUAGACGAUAAUCUUACGAUUGAGACAGGCACGCCUGUAUUUAUAAAUGUAUUAGCUAUACAUUACAAUGAGAAAUACUAUCCUGAGCCAGAGAAGUUCCGGCCAGAACGCUUCAUGACAGAGAUCGAUACUACCAACCCCGUAUUCUUGACGUUUGGUGAAGGACCCCGAUUUUGUAUCGGUAAAAGGUAUGGAAUGAUGCAAGUAAAAGCUUCCCUGGCCCAGCUAAUUCUUCACUACAAAAUUGAAUCAGUUCUACCGUAUACAGUUAAAACCGAUCCAUACGCUGUGAUACUGGCCCCCGAAGGAGGUUUAAGUGUAAACUUUGUUCCACGUUAA